AGCCUUCAUGCCGAGGCCUGUCGGCGUUGCUGGCACCCUCAUCAGGUCCAGCCUCAAUCCCUGCUUUGUAAGCCCACACAUGAGUCCACAACCUGAUCUGCCUGUCAUCGUGAAGCUUCACAGUCUUGAGAAUCUAAAAGCCAUCAUCGUCCCUCAUACCCACCACCAUCACAAAGUUCCUCUCCAAAGCUAAUCGUAACCAUCAGCCUUUUCACCAGCCCUCCUAUCGUCUGGUUCAUGGCCUCAGAACAAGAGCCCUCGGCACAUCGUCCAAUACCCUGAAACGAAACCGGAAAAUAAAGCGGAACAUCACCUCAGGUGUUGUCCUUCUGGCCGGCGCGACAGCUGCAGUUGCCUCGUUGACCCCGACCAAGAACAAAAACAAUCAAGCCAUGUCGUCCAAACUCAUCCCUCAAAACCCGGACGAGGUCGUGGUUAUCCGCGACCUCACACCCAACAUCGUGACCUUUUCAGUACCUUUUCUCCGGUUCGGCAAAUUCCCUAUUGGUGGGCGUGGCACGUUGGUCCGUCUCUCCUCAGGCGUCCUCGCCGUCUUCUCCCCCGUAGCCCUCACCGAAUCCACCAAAGCCAAAGUAGCCUCACUAGGCGGCAACGUCCGCUACAUUAUCGCACCCGACAUCGAGCACCACAUCUUCCUCUCGGAAUGGGCGGCCGCCUACCCUGGCGCCAAGCUGAUCGGGCCCGAGGGCCUGCCCGAGAAGAGGCAAAAGGCGGCCCGGGACGAUGCCAAGAUUGGCAAGGAGCCCUUUGCCGUCGUCGUCACCAAGGAGAAUUGCAGGGAGAAAAUAAAAAUCGGCGACGACUUCGACGCCGACUUUGACCUAGAAUACGUCCACGUCCAUCCCAACAAGGAACUCGUCUUCCUGUACAAGCCCGACCGCGUCCUCAUCCAGGCCGAUCUCGUCUUCAACCUGCCCGCCGAGGAACAGUACUCGCGGGUGCCCGAGCAUCAAAAGCCCAAGCCUGGCGUGCUGGGCAAGCUGUUCAACAGCUUCCAGACGACGCAGGGCGACGCGAUGGGCAUGAAGAGGUUUCUGUGGCAUGUAAUCAGCCGGGCCGACCGGGAGGCGUUCAACGAGAGCGUGAUGAGGAUCGCGGGCUGGGAGUUCGACACGAUUGUGCCGUGCCAUGGCGAGACCAUGGUGGGGAAUGGGAAGGAGGUGUUUGAGAAGGUGUUUGCGUGGCAUUUGGAAGGGAAGCAUACGAGGAAGUGAGAGUGAGUGACGGUUGUUUUGAGGUCUGCAUCGACUUUAAAGCAGGAGUAGAAGCGUAGCUCCGCAUGGUAUGCGCCAUCAUUCUUUCUUGACCUAAUGUAUAAUUCCUGUUUGAUCAGGCAUAUGCAUGGUCCAGUACCGUGGUAUUUGAUGAGCCGCUCUUGGAAUUUGCGUUGCAUGGACGAAAUCAACAGCAUGGAGACGCUUGGACAAUUGAUCGACUGUGUACCUGUACCAAAGGAGCAUCGAUAACUGAUCGUGCUACCAGGUAAACGGCAAUGAUUGAAAGCAGGUGGACUAGAAUCUAGUCCGAUAGGAUAGCAUCGUAGACAAAAAUGUCAUUCCAGGAUUGGUC